AUGGCUGCCGAUCUCAAGCUUGCCGCCCUGUGCUUUCUCCUCCUUGUCUCGUCCCUCCCUCUGCUUGCCCACGCCGAGUGCGAGUGCGAGACCAGCGAGGAAGAGCACGACAAGGCGGGCGCGCUAAAGCUCAAGAUCAUCGCCAUCUUCUGUAUCCUUGUGGCCAGCGCUGCAGGCUGCGGCAUCCCCUCGCUUGGACGGAGGUUUCCAGCGCUGCGCCCGGACACGGACCUGUUCUUCGCCGUGAAGGCCUUCGCUGCGGGGGUCAUCCUUGCCACGUCCUUCGUACACAUCCUCCCAGAAGCCUUCGAGAGGCUCGGCUCGCCAUGCCUCGUCGACGGGCCGUGGCAGAAAUUCCCGUUCGCUGGAUUCGUCGCCAUGCUUGCAGCCAUCGCCACUCUAGUUGUCGACACCAUCGCCACGGGGUACUUCCAGCGCGCCCACGCAAAGAAGGCCUCCGCGGCCGCCGGGUACCUGGAAGCGUCCGACGCCGAUCAUACACAAGGCGGUCACUUCCACGGCGCGUCGGCCGCCAUCGCGUCGUCUUCGUUCGCGGGGGAAUCUGACGACGGCGCGCAGCUCAUCCGCCACCGCGUCAUUUCACAGGUGCUGGAGCUGGGGAUCAUAGUGCACUCGGUUAUAAUCGGCAUGUCUUUAGGCGCAUCUGAGAGUGCUAGCGCGAUCAAACCACUCGUGGUCGCGUUAACUUUUCAUCAAUUCUUCGAAGGGAUAGGCCUUGGCGGAUGCAUUGUUCAGGCUAGGUACCGACUAAAGUCUGUCUUGAUGAUGUCGCUCUUCUUCUCACUCACCACGCCACUUGGUGUGGUGAUCGGAAUCGGGAUAUCAUCUGGUUACGACGAGAACAGCCCUAGGGCGCUAAUCGUGCAAGGGCUCCUCGAUGCCGCAGCUGCCGGAAUUCUAAACUACAUGGCACUUGUUGACCUUCUAGCUGAAGAUUUCAUGAACCCUAGAGUGCAAAACAACGGAAGGUUGCAGGUCAUCAUAAACAUCUCCUUGCUUGUCGGGACGGCUCUCAUGUCCAUACUUGCUGCAUGGGCAUGA